ACAAUUAAAAUCCAUUGUUGUGCUUUGUGUUUGAAAAAUGUUAAUUUAGUAUAAUUAUUUAAUCGAUGAUACCUUAUUAGUUUUUCUUUAAAUUAUAAAUAUGAAUGUUAAUCAACAUCCUCCACUAAACUAUUGGGAUUUGACUAGCCAUUAUAUAGCACAAACAGAUGCAGAAUCGACAUUAGACCCCAAAGCAAAACUGUAUUAUCAAUCAGCAAUGUGUCUUAUAAACCCGAAACAAGAUCCUCCAAUAUUCGGUCACUCUCCUAGUGCACCUUGCACAAAACUUGGCUGCGAGUGCAAGGAAACCGACAAUGCUGAUGAACGAUUUCUCAAGUUUGUCCACACAACUGACACCAUAGAAGUAGAGCUAGAGCCUCAAACUCUCAUAAAAAAUAAGCUCAAAAGUGAAGAGCGGCCUUAUAAAUGUCUCAGACCUGCUUGCAAUAAGACAUUUUUGCUAAAACAUCACUUAACGACACAUGAAAAGACUCACACUGGAGAGAGGCCUCACGUAUGCGUUCAUUGUGGGAAAAGCUUCACACACAAGUAUUGUUUGAAUACUCAUUUGUUGCUGCACAGCAAUGAGAGGCCUCAUCAGUGCACCGAGUGCCAUAAGAGGUUUACUUUGAAACAUCAUUUGAUGAGCCAUAUCAAUGUUCACAAAAGAGACAAACCAUUUUUAUGUGGAGAGUGCGGCAAAAGCUUCCCAUUGAAAAAACAAUUAAUCACACAUGAAAAAUACCAUAGAGGAGAAAGGCCUUUUGUGUGCAACGACUGUGGAGAUACUUUCGCACAGGAAAAUCAUCUAGUAAUGCAUUUGAGAUUUCACGGAUCUUUAACGUCGUUUGUUUGUGGAGAAUGUGGAGCUACUUUUACCAGAAAAUUCGAACUGGACAAUCACGAAAGACUCCACGGAAAAGAACCUCUGGUUUGUACCACUUGCCAUAAGGAGUUUCUUCAAAAGCGUACUUUAAUGACACAUUUAAAAUCUCACCAGUUCACCAGUGAAAAAGUGCAGCCUUUUUGCAAAGAAGACAAACCAUUGGAAAAGUCCAGCAUUACAACACCCAAAUCGAAUAAAAAUAAAAAGUAUUUUUGCGAUAUUUGUUUCAGGAAGUUUGGGGCCAAGCACGGUUUGACUCAACACAAAAAAAGACAACACAAUAUCGGUAGUAAUUUGUUUAGUUGUCAUGUUUGUAGCAAGAGCUUUCGAGAAAAAAGUGAAAUGUUGAUGCACAAACAUUGAUAGAAAUUUUCAUAUCUAUACACACAUUCUUAUAUGGCAAUAAUUUUGAUCACAAAAACAUUUUCUCAUGAGGAGAAAAUUCUGGAAAAAUCUUUCCCUGUGUGAUAAUAGUUGUUGGUUUUUAUUGUAUCAAAAGAGUCACGGGCCUAAAUUAUCAUAAGAUCUCAAAAUUUGAAUAUUAUCUGAUCUAGUCAAUUAAUUUUUAGGUAUUUAAUUUUAAUUAGAUUAUAGAUGUAUAGUUAGUAAAAUUUGUUGAUCAACUAAGCUGUUUUAUUCAUUUUCCUCAUUCAAUUGAAAAGCAGAAACAAUAUAAUACAGUAAAGGAAUUUUGGCUGUUUUUCCAUCAUCCAAUACCCCCAAUUUUGUUGUCAAUACGUCUCGGCUAAGCCUUUCUCCGUUUUG